AUGUCUUUGCAAAACAUUCGCAUCACCGUGCGACCGGCUUCCGCGCAAGUCAACAUGCACGAUGCUCCUAACGAAAACGGCGAUCAUGAUGCAAUAUCUGAAAUGAGCGGUCCUCCUGACUAUGCCACCAUCGACCCUAACGACCUCAAUCGCUCCAUCACACCCUUCCCCCGCCCAAAAUCGCCAACUCCGUCCCAGACUGGUAACUGGCCGCUCGCCAGUGCCGAUGAUGAGCAUCCGCCUGACUCAUCAACGAGUUACACUUCGGCUGGGCCAAGCACUAGACGUGCCAAGUCGCAGGGCCGCAAGUUCAAACGCAACUCGCCUAAGAACGUCAACAGACCGGAGCCCAUCGCGGAGCGCCGAAAUAGAAAGCGCGCUCUCAGCACUGGCUCGACUCCCGGCAGCGCCAAGAAGAAAACUACGCUACAGGUUCCUGUCAUGGCACGCCUCGCAUCUCGUCGCAGCGAAAAUGGGCUGCCCCGAUUUGGAUCAUCUGCCAGCAUGUCAACGACGCUCACGAACAACAACCCUUUCACUGGCGACCAGAAGAAGCCCGGCCUCGUUUCCUCGCUGUCUCGUGGUGACUGGACUACAAUUGGGUCCUUCUUCAGCCAGAGCGUCAACUCAACUUCUCUCCAACGUGGUGUCGGGGGCCGUGAGAUCAGCCAGCCCUUCGACUUCCGCCAUGAAGGUGGUAUAGGGUCGAGCUCAUCGGCCUUCCUGACGCAGCCGCAUAACACCAUGACAACCAUUGGGCAAGCCGAUCAUGAGGCACAGAAGAACGACCAGACCAGGACCUCUAGCGUCCUCAUGGACAUGCGCACCGAGUCGCGCCUCGGCAACCGCACCUCGCUGCCGGUCAAGAUGCCCAACGCCUUCUCGCCUAUCGACACCACUGUCUUCGAUGUCGACUGCGGACAUGACCCCGCCGUCCGCGCUUCGGUCCGUACUACCAUCAACCGCUUCCAGUCGCCUCCCACGCCGGAGGAAGACCUGUGGCACGGCCAAUCGUCUGCUGACAAGACUCUCCAUGGCCAUGACACCGUCCUCGGGCAGGCACGCAUUGACACCCUCAAGGUCUCGAUCAGCAAGCUUGUUUUCGCAGCCGUGGCGAUUCUCUGUCAGGUCUUCAUCAUCAUGGCCGCAGCUUCCAUCACGAUCACGGUCUACACUGCUCAGAACGGCGAGAAGACAGACGGCGGCGCCAUCAUCGCCCUGAUCGUCUCGCUCUUCGGGGUGCUGAUAUCCGGCACCUUUCUAGCCCUCCUGUAUGCCCACCGCCUGGGCGGCCGAAUGGUUCGCGAGUACACAGGCGUGCGCGUCGAGACGUUCCUCUUCAAGAUGUCACCCGAGCGCGCCGCCUACUGGGGCGUAGCCUCGCUGACCGAGGUGGCGUUCCUGUCGACCGCCGCGGCGCUGACGGUGGUCGUCGUCAGAUCUCGCGCCGGUCACGAGGCCAGCAGCGGCGUCGUCGCCUGGCUCGUGGUGUCCCUCGCCGUCUUCGUGAUCCUGGGCUCGGCCCUGUCCGUCUUCUUCGCCCGCCGCGUCAGCGACCGAAUCGUGCGCAACCACCGCGCCGAGCAGCGGGACGAGGAGUGGGUCGAGAUGCACUCCGGCGCCCGACGCGACCUCUCUCACCAUCCCGGCGACCAGAGCAGGCUCGCACGCGACAUCUUGCAGUCUGCCACCCAGGACAUGCAACAGCAGCAGCACCACCGCGGACCUCGUGCGCCCGACAGCGCCUUCUCGACCCAGCUCCAGCUCCACCCCCGUGCGAGCCUGAUCGGCAUCGCGCGCUCGGACUCCCUCAUGCACCACCCGAACCAGACGCCCAGCAUGUCCUCGGCGGCCUCGACCUACGAGUCCGAACACACGGAGAAGCCCAUCAUGCCGAAGCGCGCUUCCCGCUCCUGCUCGCCGGCGGCGGUGCACGUCGGUUCGGACCCCACCACCCCGCUGUCCGCCGAGGACAUGUCCAUGAUCUCCAUGGCGAAGCACCCGCAGCCGAGACCCGCUUUCGGCGGUGGCAGCGGUGGCGGCAACAUCCCACACUCCCUCGCUGUGGCGGACCUGGCCUCCGAGGCGGCACAGGCGCCCGGGGUCAGCAGGUCCGGGACCAAGUCGACCAUCGCCUCGCUGAUCUCGUCGUACGCGUCGGCGGAGCCUGGCUGUGGCGGCCUGGUCGUCGUCGAGUCUGUCGAGCGGGCCUUCUCGCCCGAGACUCUCGCCCGACGACAGCCCGCUGUCGAUGAUGCCCCGCACUCGCGGCUGCCGGCCCUGCUGCGCCCCAUCGUCACAGAGGCGGGCACGCCGAACUCGCAGAAGAGCGGGGACCGGGUCGUCGAUACCUUCGUCGAGGUCGGCGGCGGCGGCGGUUUGAGGAGGGACUGGAGUUUUCGCGACGGACAUGCCGCACGGUUGGUCAGCAUGACGCCGAUCGAGGAGAGGUCGGAGGCCGGGACGCGGUCGAGCCUGCUGACGACCGGGCGAAGGGCUUCGCUGCUGGCUCAUGGGUCUGAGACGUCGGUUUAUUGA